UCUUCUUUUAGCAUAAAAAAAAAAGUGAAAAAAGGCUCUGGCUCUAAAACUUUACCAAAUUGCUCACCCUCAAGACAAAUUGAGAGUCCAACAAUGUCUCGACGUUUACCACCAGAUCCAGCUGAAGCCAUAGGUACUGCGAUUGUUAAAUACAACUACCAGGCACAACAACCGGACGAAUUGUCGCUAAGUAAAGGAACCCGUAUUCUUAUAUUGGAAAAGUCCAACGAUGGCUGGUGGCGAGGUCAGAAUGGUAAUGCGGUCGGUUGGUUUCCAAGCAAUUACACAACUGAAGAUUGUGAUAAUGAUGGUGAAAUACAUACGUAUGCCAUGGCUGAGAAUGUGCUCGACAUUGUGGUUGCCCUUUAUAGUUUUUCAUCGAAUAACGACCAAGAGCUUUCUUUUGAGAAGGGGGACCGGCUCGAAAUAGUGGAUCGUCCACCUUCUGAUCCGGAUUGGUAUAAAGCAAGAAAUAAUCAAGGUCAUGUCGGUUUAGUUCCACGCAACUAUCUACAAGAGUUAAAUGAUUAUCUGGCUACACCGUUCCGAAACAAUAGUGGUGGCAAUGGUGGUGGAGGUGGUAGCAGUGGCGGUGACUCAAUCGAUCGGCGUAAUGAUGGCUUAUCAGUGCAAUCUUCACCUCCUAUGGCUCCUUUGGAACGGCCAAACUUAGCUGGUAAAUCCUGGUAUUAUGGCGCCAUCACGCGCAGCCAAUGUGACACGGUGUUGAACCAGCAUGGACAUGAUGGUGAUUUCCUUAUACGAGAUAGUGAGACUAAUGUAAGUUACUGGCAGGGCUAAGCGAAGACUGCAAGCUUGGCUAAAAUCGUAUUAUUUCUUAGGUCUAAAGAAUUUGCAAUUUUAUUAAAUAUUGGCUUCUUA